GCUUCACCUUCGGAGAUACUGCACAUGACGUAACAAAACAUGACCAAGAAUAAGACAAGAACUCCUCCUAAACUCUGUAGCUCGAGUAAAUUCUGACAGCUGAUUGGACUGCAACAACUCUCAACGAGGAAUAAAAGCAAUAAACUUGUCUGUCGGAUCUGGGUGAAUCACUUUAAUCUUAAAUCUUUCUAAUACUGCUCUUCUCAUAUACACAACAGAGGACAAUAUAGUCAAGAAGAAGACAUAGGUAACUCUCCAGUGACAUUUUUGACAAAUAGGUAAAAAAUGAUCAAUGCAACCAUUUUAAGCACAUUUUCCUUAUCAGGGUUAAAUGACACAGCAACGACAAAGCUCAGAGGCACUCUUUUCUUUUUCACCAUGUUGUGUUACAGUGUGAUUUUGCUUGUAAAUGGUGCUCUUAUUGUCAUCAUCGUAUUGGAGGAAAAACUUCACGAGCCCAUGUACAUCUUCCUGUGCAAUCUCUGCAUUAAUAGUCUUUAUGGGACAUCAGCCUUUUACCCAAAAUUCCUUUUUGAUUUGUUGUCGAACAGUCAUGUUAUAUCUUACGCUGGCUGCCUGUUACAAAUCUUUGUUAUAUACUCCUAUGCAUCAACCGAAUUUUCUAUUCUAGCCCUGAUGGCCUAUGACCGAUAUGUGGCUAUAUGUCGACCACUGGAGUACCACUCUGUUAUGACUAAACAGAAAGUUGUUUUCUUGGUGUGUUUCUCCAGACUUGUUCCUUUGCUCUGCAUAACUACUAUUAUAAUAAUGACCUCUAGACUGGAAUUAUGUGGCUCCCACAUAGAAAAACUUUAUUGUGAAAAUUGGUCAGUACUUAAACUUUCCUGCAAAUCGAUAGCAGUAAAUAAUGUUGUUGGAUUUAUCAUCAUAUUUUUCUAUUUCGGGCAUGAUAUUUUCAUUGUGUGCUCAUAUGUGCAGUUGGUAAAAUCAGCUUUAAAGUCGAGAGAGGGGAGGAGGAAGUUUAUGCAGACAUGUGUGCCACAUUUAUUGUGUUUGCUUAAUGUCACAGUGGCUCUGCUGUUUGACCUCAUGUACACCAGAUAUGGAUCAAGCUCAGUAUCACAGAGUCUAAAGAACUUCAUGGCCAUAGAGUUUCUCAUGAUUCCACCUAUUCUCAACCCGAUUAUUUAUGGACUUAAACUGACUCAAAUUCGCAACAGUUUUGCAAGUUUGUGUAUAGACAAGAAACAGGUUAAAGGAUUAGGUUGAGACAUUGCAAAAAUGUGUUUUGAGGUCAGCUUUUCUGUCUCAUAAGCAGAGUUUGGUCAUCGUAAUACAACAUGGGAAAGUGACACGUGCCCCGACCUUUCUUUCUUUCUUUCUUUCCGGGAGUAUAUCCAAAAAUGUAAAACCCUCUCUCUUUUUCUGUUUCCAGAUAUUGGUUGAUGGUUGGAAAAAAAACAAACACACUGGUAUCAGAUAUCAACUUUUCGGAGAGUGGUUUAAUAAAUGGUUAUUUUGGAGGCUGAACUUAGAGGCUUUUUUAAUUUACAUUAACAGGUGUUUCUGAUAUUCUGUUUCUACUCAAGAUUGUACUGAAAAGUAUUUAAAAUCCAAACAAGUGAACAAAGAAAAAAUACAUUCCUGAUACUGCUGGUUUAAUCUUCCCUGCUGCUCUCAA